AUGUGUCUUGUUGCAACGUUCCUCAUAUCUCUAUUCCUAAAUAUACCUUUUAAUUCGGCUCAACUGCUGAGUAAUUGGCCGUCGAUUCAAAAGUUUCAAGACCGCCAUUCCGAGGAAGAUCUCUUGGAUGUCUUUUUGAAUCCGACAUCGAUUAUCUCAAACGAUCGUACGACGAUCGCCAAUAUCCUCGCUCUAGAUUUUAAAACGGAAGAUAUAAAUUACGAGCUUUACACCAAAGACAAUAAGAAGCAACGUGUUUCUCUACGAGUAGGCGAUGCCACCCAACUGAAGGAUUCGCCAUUUAAUCCUGAAUGGCCAAUCAAGAUUAUUAUUCUGCUCUGCAUAGUCUUCUCCAAAGACUUCAGCAGUUGUUCCACGAGAGCCCAUUCCCUGCAUGCCGCUAGGCCCAGCAGCCUCUGGGCUUCUUCUCUGACGGUCGCGCUCAUGGAGCCGGGUUUACUUCCGGGCUGCGACGGUUCUCCCGUGGUCGCACCGCCAUUGCUUCCCGUCGAGACUGAACCAUCAUCUUCCUUAUCGUCCGACGGGCUGUCCUCUUUGCUGGAGAGAUUAUUCUUGCCGUUCUCGCCUCCCGGUGGCUUCUCCCUGUUACUGCUCAUGCUAUUUUACGUGUUUCAAUACCUUGGUAAAUGCGCCGAUAAUAAUUCGAGCAUCGCUACUAUGGUCGAAUUUAUCAACACUGACGAGCAAGGCAUAUUUUAUCUACAAACCAAUGCACAACAACCGUUUGGAAAGGGCAAGAUAAUAUAAACAACCAUGGAAAUAGACUUCUGUAUGUCUACACUUAUAACAUCUAUAUAUAUGUAUGUAUUUCAUUAUAAUUAGCGAUAUACAUAUAUCUUAAGGAAACGUACAAACGUAGAAAGUACUUUAUUUAUGUGAUA